AUAAAGGGAAUUGGGGUUUUUUCAUUAUGAAUGGCUUUGAUGGAGAGGGAGUUUCCUUGGCGGUUUAAUUGGUCUGAGGGUUGGCGAUAGCCCCAGCUGCAUCCGAGGCUAAAAGCUAGAAACUUUAUCUGUUUUUUUGUGGUACAAACAUGGGUAGGAGAGGAGGACAAGUGGAUCUAGUGGAAGGUCGAACACUUGACACCAUUAUUGCACCUGAAUCUUAAAAAGACUUGAGUCAAUUUCAAUUCAAUUACAAGUUCAUUGGGUGCUUGCAGUUAUUUUAUUUACCUAUAAAGUUCCAGACAAUUCAUGCUAUGGAUAGACAAGAAAAUUUGUUAGCAUUCUCCAUGCCUAGCCAGCUGUUAUCAAUUGACGAGGAACUAUGGCGAAUGGCUGAAGAGAGGGCACAAGAGAUACUAUGGACAAUUGAACCAAUUGUAUUAUCUGAGGUGAACAGAAAAGAUGUUAUUGAUUAUGUUCAGAGGCUGAUCAGAGGUUACUAUGGAGCAGAGGUCUUGCCAUUCGGUUCUGUUCCUCUAAAAACCUAUCUUCCUGAUGGAGAUAUUGACUUGACUGCUCUCAGUCAUGAAGAUGCAGAGGAGGAUUUGGCACAAGCAGUAUGCAAUAUACUUCAAAGUGGAGAUGACCCUGAAUAUCAAGUAAAAGACAUACAAUAUAUACGUGCACAGGUCCGGCUUGUGAAAUGUACAGUGAAAAACAUAGCAGUUGACAUCUCUUUCAAUCAGAUGGCUGGAAUAUGUACUCUACGCUUUUUGGAGCAGGUUGACCAACUUGUUGGAAAGAACCAUAUUUUCAAACACAGUAUUAUCUUAAUCAAAGCUUGGUGCUAUUAUGAGAGUCGACUUCUUGGUGGACACCAUGGCUUGUUAUCAACAUAUGCGGUAGAAAUAUUAGUCUUGUAUAUUAUCAAUCGUUUUCAUUCAUCAGUGCGUGGUCCUCUAGAGGUGCUAUACAUAUUUUUAGACUACUAUGGCUCAUUUGAUUGGGACCAUAACUAUGUUAGUAUAUGGGGUCCAAAACCCUUAUCAUCUCUUCCAGAAAUUGCUGAGACACCAGAAUGUGAUCAGGGUGAAUUCUUGCUCCAAAAAGAGUUUCUCAGAAAUUACAGGAAUAUGUGCUCUUUUCCAUCAAGGGCAUCUGAGACUAUGACCCAUGAAUUUCCCGUUAAGUUCAUGAACAUCUUGGAUCCUCUAAGAAAUGACAACAACCUAGGCCGUAGUGUAAACAUAGCAAACUUACAUCGAGUAAGAUUUGCUCUUUCCUACGGUGCUAGAAGGCUUAAGCAGAUCCUCACACUUCCAGGAGAAAACAUGGGUGCAGCACUAGAGAAGUUUUUCUUCAGCACUUUGGACAGGAAUGGGAAAGGAGAAAGGGCGGAUGUUGCCGUUCCGGUUUCUCCAUUUGGUAUUGGAAGAUCUGAAGAGUCUGUCCUCCGUGGAGAUUGUGAAAGUUACUGUGGUGGCUUACAAUAUGUUCAGUUGUAUCGUAAUUAUGCCAUGCCAAUAGCUGUACAUUCCAGUUCUCCAUCGUCACCUUCUCAGGAUGAUAUCCUUGCACCAUCAACGCAGCAAAACUGGAGUAUGUUUUACCAAGGCGGUACUGAUGUAUAUAUCCCGGGACAGACACUCUAUCAUCCAACUUACAACCUUGAAGGAAGAGGGAAAUCACGAGGAACGGGCACAUACAUACCUGACUUGAAUUAUAAUUCCUACUGGGAUAUGCACACAAAGCCAUCCAGGCCAAGGAGAUUUGCUUCUUCAAAGUACAAUGCAUUGCCCAAAUCACCUUCGAAAAAGCAACAAGCAGAAGAGGUUCAUUCUGUGACAGACAUAAAUGCUAAUUCAGAUUCAAGGCUGUUUGAGUUCUCAAGUGAAGAUUCCCCCCUUCUUCUAUGCAAUUGCAAGGCUAUACCGCCAACACAAGCCCAAGAGUCUACUCCAUUAGCAAAGUUUCAUUCUGAGACAGACAUGGAUGUUACUUCGCAGCUGCUUGAGUUCUCAAAUGAAGAUUUCCCCCUUCUUCCAAAGGUUUAUUCUGAGACACACAUGGAGGGUAAUUCGAGGUCGUUUGAGCUCUCAAAGAAAGAUUUCCCCCUUCUUCAAAGCACUCACAAGACUGCCCUGUCAGAGUCUGCUGCUAAGUUAACUAAGCAAGCCAAGAGUUUCCCAUCCUCUAAAGAGUCUAAACUGAAAAAUAUUGAGUUUGGAACUUUCAAGAAAUCACAAUCAUUGAUAGAACCAAGUUUAUCAACAAAGGGUGAGAGAGAAGAUUCUGGUGUUCCAUUAUCUCAAGAAACUGUGUUGGUGGUUCCAAAGGUGGCAGCCGAGAGGAAAGAUGAAUCUCCCUAGAGCAAUUAGAAGAUGAAUUGACAGUGUUAACAUUAUAUAUUUUGUAGAAUUUUGAAGGAUAUACAUCAGCAGAGUUUCUAAUGUGUGGCUUUGUUGCUGGUGGUCAUGUUUUGAUCAAAUAAAAAUGAUAGUAAUCUUUUCCUUUUUAAUUUUUUUUUUUGCAGAUGUAAAUUUUGGAGAAAGAGAAACUAGAAUUGGUUGCUAGAGAUAGUCUCAAACUUCAUAGAACAAACAAUUGGUAGGGGUUCUUAACCGUUUUUGUGCUGCCUUAGUGGGAAUAGUUUACCAUUACUCUACAAAGAGAAUGACAUCUCCCUUCUAACAUCUGAAUGAACUUGUACAUGAUUUCUAUUUAAGUUAAAUCUUCUGAUCAUUUAUGGGCCAGCUCUUACGUCUAUAUUUGGAUUGGCAAUAAAGAAUGGAACAAAAAGGAUCAAAUAUAAUGAGUCAGAAUGUAUUAAAAUAGAGCGAAAUAAAAAUAUCAUUAUAUAGUUUGGAUGUUUUGUAAUGACAUCAUUUUGGAAAAAGGAAAUGAUGGAAUGAAGUUAUAAUACUUAAUUGGCUAAAUUUGUGGCUUUUGGAUGACAAAUACUAUCCAGAAGAAGUUCAAGGUUUCUUCCACCCAGCUUUUGUAUCAAUCAAGUCCAUAUCAAGCAGCAACCCUGUUAAUCUCUAGUCCAUAUCUGGAUAAACUUAUGACCAACCAAAAUGUAUUUGGUUUCAAGUGUACAACACAAGUGACGGUAACUUGGUAAGAGUACGUUCCUUGUUAUUGGAAAGACAUCUCCAGUCGCCUAUCAUUUAUUGCAGAUCAUAUCAACCAUUCUAUUUUCUGGAAAAAUCUAGCUCCUGAUCAUGAAGGAGGUGGUAAACCACGCAAGGGUUUACUGGGAUGGGCUAUUGACAUACAUUUUUGGCUCUUUUGAAGCAUUAAUGCAAAAAAGUUAAUGCAGAAGUGGCUUGGUCUGGACAAAGAGUUGAAGAGGCAAAGUUGAAACCACUGCCAACCAGGUAAACUACCUGUUCCACCUUCCUCCUUUUCCAUAUGAUGCCAGGAGGCUAUAUAGAUCAGCAAUAGCAUAUUAAAAAGUUGUUAGUCAAUGAAAGUAGUCUCUUUGUGUUGGUUUGGCCUCCAAUUCUGCCUUUUUUGUAUUUCUGUUGUAUAUUAUGCCACACCAUUCAAGAUCCUUUCACGGCAUAUUGCUAUUAUGAGUAGUCUAUAUUCCUUAUGUUAAAUCAAUGAGAUUCAACAAUCAAGUAUGUAUUGCUUCUCUAGGCUUUUUUAGUUAAUUCAGUUGACAUUUCAAAUUAGGUUAUGCUGUAAACAGUGCUUUAUUAUUCUAAUAUGGCUCUGUAAACUUGACUUUUGAGGUUCUCAGUUUAUUUAUAGGUAUAAAGACAUAUUUAGUCCCUACAGGUUUGCUCACCUUUUUAGUUUGGUUGCUAUGCUUUUUUCUUAUUUGGAAAUUGGUCCGUACAUAACAUUUUAUUAAAUUUAUAAAGUCCUAACCUUCACCAUAAAUUCUUAUAUCUCCAUGUAAAGAACAUUUUGCCUGCUGGACAAAAUCAAACUAUUUGUACCCGUGUACACCAACAAUGUUUGUGUCCUGCCACUUUGUUUUUUGGGGUCUCAUUUUUAUGUUCAUUUUCUCUCGGUCUAAUUGCUAAGACAGAGCAAUCUCUCAAGUUCUCAUCUUUUUUUACAUCAAGUCUAACCACAUGAGGACCUGCUGCCACUUGCCACCAUAUCUAAUUAGUUUUUCCCUGCUGCAUCUCUCUGAACUCUUGGUUCACUCUGUCUUGAUGUCUUCCAUUUUAUGCUUUUCUGAUAUGGCUCUUCAACCACUACAUUCACUUUAUUGGCCUAGACCCAACCACCAAAGCACCAAGAGACCUUAGGUGAACCUUUUCUCUCUAGCUCUGUUUGCAGAAAUUCAAGCGCAGGAAUGGAGGUUGCAACAAACACAACCGCGACCACGUCAAAUUCAUUCGAUGCUCUAACUGUGGAAAAUGCUGCCCUAAGGACAAGGCUAUUAAGAGGUUUCUGGUGAGGAACAUUGUUGAACAGGCUGCAGUCAGAGAUGUGUUGGAAGCCUGUGUCUAUGAGCAUAAUUUUCUUCUUUACCUUCUCUCUUUUUUUUGAGGAAAAUUUCACAUGUGUUUAUGUUAUUUAUUUAGUUUUUAAUUGUUAUUUACAGAAUAUACUCUUUCCCAAACUGUAUGUGAAGAUGCAGUAUUGUGUUUCCUGUGAUAUCCACUCCAUGCUAGGGUAUGCUCCUGCACUGAUAAGAAUAAUUGUGAGCCUCCAAAGCGAUUCAUCAGGUUGAAUUUCAAUGAGUUCCCAUUGCACAAUCACAUUGAUCUGCAAGGAACAUUUUUCUAUAUUAAAACACUAGCGGACCUUGUUUUGUUUCCUGAUGGAGUUGAGUCUUACCUCCCCAGUUGACCAUUGAUAUUGGAGAUGAUGCACAAAGGCCCGGUCAGCCUGGUUAGUGGUCAAGCACCUCGUCCUGCUGGCAUUGGAGCACCUGUCCGAACCUAAAAGCAAAUCCUAAGAAAAAGCCUUCAUUUUAAGCUUGAACCAUAAGCUAAAACUUUUUUUGUUGCCUAAUUUUGAGGCCAAUUCUAGGGUGAACCACCCAAACAAGUGGUGUACAAUGGAUCACUCUUAUUUACCAUAAGAUUCAUCUAAUUUCAUUUCUCUUAUCUUAAACCUCUCCCACCAGAUUCAAGCUCCUUCCCGGAUAUGCUCUGUCAGCCUCAGCCGGAGGCGAUUUCGGGCAGCAGCGCUUCAUUUUCUCCCCUUUUCCUUCUUUCUCUUCUUCCCCUCCUUCCCUCCCUAGAUCUGAUCCCCCCAAUCUGCUGCGAUCUCCUCCUUCCUCUUCGGUGUGCCACACAGAUCCACACCGUUGUUGGGUUUGUUCAAUGAUGGUCAAUCUUGAUCUUGUGGUCAACGGUACAUUUUGGUUUUGGGAGGAAAGAAAAUGAUUAAAAAGAAUGAAAUGUUGUUGCCAGGAAUCAUCUUUGACGUCAGAUCAAUCUAAAUUUCACUUAAUGUGGUUUCGUGGAGGGGUAUUUUGUUCUAAAUUUUUGCUACACGUUGGAUAACAUCUUUCUAGUUAUAAUUUGGCGGUUUUUAUGAAGAUUAAUUGUAAUUUUGUGGGUUUAGUGCCAUAAACCUAUGUCAAAAUUCUUCUAUGGUUUCUAA